AUGGCAGCAGCUGUAGCAACAACUCGUGCCGACUCACCCAAUGAUCACAAAAUCGAGGAGCCACUCGACCUAAAACCUCAAUCAAAUAACGCCUCAAGCACGCACAAGAAAGAGCUCAAGAGCAAAUGGCCGAUAGCUGUCGAUCUCUAUGGCUCCAAUGUCCCAUUUCGAGUUGAGGGCGAGGUUGCGGACCUCGUAGUGCAUGGAGAAAUCCCAAAAGAAAUCGACGGCACAUUCUACAGAGUCAUGGUGGACCCUUUCGUGCCUCCGGUCGAAGGGAAUGUGCCACUGGACGGCGAUGGGAAUAUGUCUGCUUUCCGGUUCCAUGAUGGGAAAGUCGACAUGAAGACAAAAUAUGUGAAGACUCAGCGAUUUAUGCUGGAGAGGCGGGCGGGCAAAGCGCUGUUCGGUUUAUAUCGCAACCCAUAUUCUCACAAUGUUUGCGUCAGGGCAGCUGUUGAUUCGACAGCGAACACGAAUCUAGUCCUGUGGGCUGGUAAGCUAUUAGCUCUAAAGGAGAGUGCUCUGCCAUACCAUGUCGAUCCACAGACUAUGGAGACGAUAGGAUACGAUCCCUUUGGCCAAAUCAACGCAAAGACUUUCUCCGCACAUCCCAAAUACGAUCCCAACACCGACGAACUAGUCGUAUACGGCUAUGAGGCAAAAGGCCUUGCCACAACAGAUAUCGUAUCCUACACUAUUGAUCGUUCAGGGCUAAUCAAGAAUGUCUUCUGGUUCCAUCAGCCUUGGCCAACCCCCGGCAUCAUCCACGACUGCGCGAUCACAAAAUCCUGGCUGCUGCUCUUCAUCUGGCCAUUUGAGGCCAAUGUGGAGCGUAUGAAGCGUGGCGGACACCACUAUGCUUGGGAUUACUCGCGGCCGUGCACGAUCAUUGUUGUGCCUCGAAAUCACACAUCGCCUCCAGCUGGCUGGGCUCCUGGUGAAGUAAGACACUAUGAGUGGCGCAAUGCCAUGGCCAUCCACACAGCUGGAGCAUGGGAAGACCCGAAUGAUCCUUCCAAGAUCUGGGCCGAGUCGUCUCUCGUUCACGAUAACGCAUUUCCAUUCUUCCCGGCAGACGACGGUACAUUGCCAGCGCCAGAUGCCAAAGCUCAAUUCGUUCGCUGGCAUAUCGAUGCAAAGGCUCCAGCAGGAUCAAAAAUGGAGGAUCCGAAAGUCGUGCUGGAUUGUCCGGCAGAGUUUCCGCGAAUUGACGAGCGCCUGAUGGGUCGCGAGUACAAUUAUGUGAUGUUGAAUGUGUUCAUUCCGAGGAAUUCCAGUGGGGCCGAUAAUAUCUAUCUUGGACUGAACGGUCUCGCUAUGGUGCAUAAUAAGACUGGAGAGACGAAGUGGUAUUAUGCAGGUGACGAUUCGAAUAUUCAGGAACCGAUCUUCAUUCCACGGCAUGAUGCUGCUGAGGAGGCAGAUGGUUGGGUCGUGGCGUUGAUCGAGCGGGUAAAGGCAAAUCGCUGCGACAUAGUCGUGCUGGAUACGAGGUCCUUCGAAGAGGAGGUUGCUCUCGUUCAGCUGCCCAUGCAUAUGAAGGCUCAGGUGCAUGGCAACUGGGUCAGCGCGAAGGAUCUCGGUGGUUACCAGCCGCUCGUCAAAGAGGUGCCAGAAUUCCAGAUGCUUCGCGAGGGCGCCCUUGAGCCAAUGAAAUAGAGCAGCAACCUCUUAUAAAAUAUCAACGUAACGCAAAUUGUUCUGCAGAUGAGAGAUAGCGAAUCAGCCCUUUGCUACCAACCUCGCC